UCAGUUUGUUCAAGUUUUAUUAGAAAAUUCGGUUGAUUAACUUAACCAUGGUUUUCUUGACCACAUGUCUACGGUAUCCUUAUCAAUACUGAUGCAAACUCCCGGGGUGUAAUCACCUUUGAUACAACUAAUCAAUGGUGAUGCGGCGGCAAACCGUUGUUCUUUUUAUCCGCGAAAAUGCACACGCCCGCUUCUGUCACAAGCUUCGCUAGGAUCAUUGAAGAGACGAGGACGGGGCUUUUCGCGGCGAUCAAUGCCAUACCUCUCCCUGGUGCGUAUAUCGAAUAGGAUCCAAAUCCCAUUUUCUCUCCCUUUUCUCCUUAUCUUCAGGUCGUUCCUUGCUUGAUUUGGUUUCGUAUCUCAAUCUUGUUUCAUCGGGUUCUUUGAUGCCCGGACAAGGGUUAUGAUCCAUUUAACCUUUGGACUACUUUUGAGGCGUCAAGUUGCUCACUUCUUUCCUUCGAAUCUGAAGACAAUCAACCCAUGCGGCUUCGGUGGUUUCUUCGUUCCGAUUUCUGGAUUCUGAUGUCAUUGAUGCUAAUUUUGUACAUCAUCUUUGGCUGGAGGAAAGAGUGGGGUAUAUUUGAAGUCAAAAAUAUUUAACAUUGAGCAUCCUUUUCUAUUCGAGCAUUGAAGAUGGAGAAGCUCUAAUAUUUGAGGAAUUUUGAAGCAUUUCCUCGCGCCGAGGAGCACCUAUUACAGGAGACCCAUUCAGGGGCUAUUGAUUGUUGCUUUCUGUAAAACUUCACUCUUCUCGUGCUUCACAUUGUAGUCCUGUUUUUAUGGGUCUUACCGUAAUGGCUACAUUAUUUGUACACGAGAUGCAAUAUUACCUCACUACCCCUACUGUGCAUCAGAUGUCUGUAGAUGUAAAGCAAGGAGAAAAACUUCCUAUUCAUAUAAAUAUGACAUUCCCUUCCUUACCUUGUCAAGUUCCAUGUGACUUUUCUCUCUUUCCAGUUCUAAGUGUUGAUGCCAUUGACACGUCUGGAAAUCAAAUAUUUGGAAGUUGCUAGGUCAUCCAAGGACGGAGCCACCUUUUCAUCUACCUGGGCGAAAUGGAAAAUGUGAGAGAAAAGAGUUAAAAAAAAAAAAUAAUCAAGUAGAUAUCAGCCCGGGGGCUAUUGAUGUCAGUCCGAGGGCUAGCGAACUCUUCCAUGAUUGAGUGUUUAAGCUUAUCUAAAGGUUUUUUGGUCGGAGCGGAGGGGUUGCAAAAUGAGGUAAGGAGUAUCUCUCAAGGUGCUAAGGUUGACUUCAACCCUGGGUUCCUUGAAUUUUUACUUUUCUCCCAAGGUGAGUAUGAGCAAUUCAUCUAGUGAAGAUUUUAGUGUUAAAGCUUUGAACUCAUUUAGAAGUUCUAUAACAUUGUGGAGCGGCGACUAAUUGAGGUUAGUUCUUCAACUGUCGUUUCUUGGGAUUCAAAGUUGUCAUCUAUAUGGGGGGAUUAGGGGCUUGUUUUGUCUUUCAUAUAUUGUUUAACAAGAUUGAGCUUCA